CUAUAUUUACAUCUAUAGGACUUGGGCAUGUUGCGUCACCAGCUGCUGUGUGAAUUCGUGGAAGUAAGAUCCCGAUCCAAUUCUGUCACAUGCAUCCACAGGCUGGGGGACAUCCAGAAUUUAUAGACGAGCAGUUCUCUUUCGAAACCACGAAACUUCAUUUCGGACGUGAAACAACUUAUGCCUCUGGAAAGGUUUGGCUGUGUCGAGCAUUUUUAUAUAAUAUCGAAUCCAUUUAAAGGAUUUAUACGGAAGUGAAUCAUCUUCUGCGGUUUGAUGAGUCUAUGAACGGCACGUGAAAUGUCGAGCGAGACACAAAGUGUACCCGAAGAAAACAUUCAGGGUUCGUGGGUGGAGCUGCAUUUUAAUAAUGGAGGCAGCAACACGCCUAAAGGAGCUGCAGAGGAACAGUCUGGUAGUACCGCUCCAGGCGGAGAUCUGGAGAAAAUGCUGCUGGAUGCUCAGCACGAGUCAGGCAGGAGCAGCUCGAGGGGAAGCUUACCAUGUGACAGUCCUCCAAGAUCUCAGACUCCUUUGCAUCUGCGCAGGGGCUCAGAGAUCCACAGCUCUGGAGAAAAAAACAGCUCACAGUCAGAGGAAGACUAUCUAGAGCGGAGGAAAGAAGUUGAGAUUCUGAUGAAGAAAAACGCAGACUGGAUCUGGGAUUGGUCAAGUAGACCCGAAAACCUGCCGCCCAAGGAGUUUUUGCUGAGGCACCCGAAGCGCUCCAGCACCCUCAGCAUAAGGAACACCAGUAUGAUGAAGAAGGGAGGGAUCUUCUCUGCAGAAUUCCUCAAAGUUUUCCUGCCCUCUCUGGUCCUUUCACACAUCCUUGCUGUGGGUCUUGGGGUGUACAUUGGAAGGCGUUUAACUACCUCUGGCACCUUUUAAGGGAACAGGAAAAGAAAAAAAAAAAAAACAAGAUAAAUCUCAUAUCCACACAUUCACCAUCUCAGCUGCUUUGUCUUGAAUCAGUGCUUGUGCAGAUGCAGAUAGGGCAAGGUCACAUGACACUUGACCUCUCCCUGGCUGUGGGUUGCUCUGCCUCGCUUUCCCCUUGUGUAUUCCACUGGCCUUUCCCAUUGUUCCUCUGUGGCCCAUUAUGAUGCCAGUUCAUUACAGCGCCGUCACUGCAGGGGAAGAUAAUGUUAGGCUCAUAGGCAGAUAAUUAGAUGUGCUGCAUCCUCAUCAUUUUGCAUUUUCUUGUACCAAGACUACUAAGCAUAUUGAGUGGAUCAUAAAAAGGGGAAUGCAGGACGAGAGAGAAUUCCGGAAGUGUUGAAUGGAAAGAGAACUCCAUUGAUGUGCUACCUGAAAUUUAAGCUUUGUUCACACUGCACAUAAAUCCAAUUAGUUUUUUUGAAUCCGAACUGAAGGACUGACUGUUCACACUGUCAUUGUGUAAGUGUUCAAAUCAGAUCCUUGUUUUUUUUCUUCUGACGAUGUAGUCAAUAUCCAGUGUAUCUACGUCAGUUGCUUUAAGUACUAAUGCCAAGAGACUGGAAAGAGAGGACAGAAAACUAAAAAAUGUUUCCUCUGCUCACGACAGACAAACGACCAAAUACAAUUUUGUUCACUCAUUCACUACAUAAUGAAUGUCACAGUAGUUUGCUGUAUGAUGAAAGAGUGAGUGAAAAUAUGUGUAUUCAGGCAGUUAGAGUCAGUAUUGCACAAUUUUUGUGAUGUUACAUAUGCGUGAUUUAGACUGAGAUGCAUAAAAAAAAAAAUAAAAAAAAAUAUCUGAUUUAAAACCACAUAAGGAUAUGCCUUAAAUCAGGUUUGUAAAAACUGAAAAUCAAGCAUUUUUUUUUUUUGGCUUACAAACAACUAAACAGAUUAGAGUCAGAUAUGGCCAAGGAAAAAAUCAGAUUUUUGCUGCAUGUCUGAACAAAGCCUUAGAUUGUGAAUUAGGAAGAGUUUUUCAACUUUCUAGCCCAUAUCAAAACAGGGAACAUAUCAAACUUUAUACUAAAUCUCAACAUUUGAUAAAAUCUUUUCAAGGCAACAUUUCUUUGUGCCUUGAGGUUGUUUCUGCAUUUAUAACGCUUUGAACACCAAACUGAACAUUUGCUUUGGGAAUCUGGCAGUAUUCAGUAUGAUACAGUAUAUACAACAGUCUGUCAACAGCAAAUUUAUUUUUGCACUUUAAAAAAAAAAAUACAAGCCAAUAUUUCCCAUAUCAGCUCACCUCAACUGAAUCUCAAGUGAGAUUACAAAUAAGGUAUGAAAUAUUUCAUUUACAAAAUAUAAAAUAAGAUAUAAAAUAUUUCAAGAUGAAGUGAGAUGUGUAUUUACCAAUGUUGUUUAAGUUUGCACUCAGAAAUCAUGUAUCUGAACGAUCAGGCUUCCAGCCCAAAGAUCGCCUUAAACAGUUCAUGAAUCAGGCAGGGAGUAUAAGGGAAAUUCUAUGUAAAUUUGUGCAUGUUUUGUAGUCUUUAAAAAUCACAUUCAGUGUAUGUGUUCAUUUCAAAGUGGUUUCUUUCUAAACAGAGGGAAUCAACAGAAAUAAAUGUUUGCCAACUGUAA